AUGCUGGUGGCGGAGGUCGAUGUCGACGACGUGCUCAAGCGAGCGCGGGAGCGCAGCGCCAUCCGCCAAGAAUUUCUCCGGAAGGCGACAGAUGCGAUGGGCCAGCUCAGUGGAGAGGUCGCGGUCGUGGAUGCGUGUCUUGAAGCCGAAGGCCUGCGGCUGGUUGAGGAGCGGCGCAAGCUGAAGGUGGCAGUCAGCCUUGCGCGUCAUCAGCGUGAUCUCGACAAUGCAAAGGCCGAAACGUCUCUCGUGGCCUCGCGGAAGGCCUGCUUCCGAGCCAUUGAGGAGGCUCAGGAGGCAGACCGAUGGUGCGAGAUCGCGGAGGAACGGGCGUGGGAGGUCCAAGCCUGGUGCGAUUCCCUGGAGCAGCAAGUGGAGCUGCGCCAAGCUGCCCUUGCGUCGCUGAAGGCGAUGCCCGUCGGAGAGGAGGAGCUCCAGAAGCGCGAGGAAGCGCUGGCGUUGGAAGCUGCCCAGCGCAACCUCGAUCUUGAGCGGUUGGAGACGAGGGAGCACCAGGUUACCCAGGCGGAGGACGACGUUGGCGCGUGGGAGGUCCGAAUCCGAGAAGAGAUCAACCGCCGCUUGGCGAAAAUUCUCGCGGGUCUUGUGCGCGAGUAUGGCGAGAGGUGGGAGCUGAUCAAGGCCGAGGCUGCGGGCAGGACUGCCGCCCUCAGGACCAAGCUGACUGAAGCGAUGCAGUGUGCUGAGGCCACCGCAGCCGCCCUAGCCACGGCGUAG